AUGAGCAAAAUGAGCAAAGCAGACAACGGUAAAGUACCACUGUCGACGCACCUAAUCGCAGGCGGUGUAGCUGGAGCAGCCGAAGCACUGGCGUGUCAUCCUCUUGACACGAUCAAAGUGCGCAUGCAGCUGUCUAAGUCGAGGCAAGCGCGUGGUUUGAAGCCCCUUGGAUUCUACCAAACGGGUAAAUACAUCAUCACCCGCGAAUCUGCAUUCGGGCUCUACAAAGGUUUAGGUGCGGUUUUAUCAGGAAUUGUCCCCAAGAUGGCUAUUAGGUUCGCCUCUUUCGAACAAUACAAGUUGUGGCUGGGAAAAAACAACAGAGACGGCUCACUCGCCCCCACCAAGGUUUUCAUUGCUGGUCUCGGCGCAGGCACGACAGAGGCGGUUGCUGUUGUCACCCCUAUGGAAGUUGUCAAGAUCCGUCUGCAAUCGCAGCAACACUCAAUGAUGGAUCCGCUUGAUGUCCCAAAGUACCGCAACGCCGCGCACGCCUGCUAUACCAUUGUAAAAGACGAGGGCAUCGCGACGCUUUACAGGGGUGUCACGCUCACAGCGCUUCGCCAGGCAACCAACCAGGGCGCCAACUUUACUGCGUACCAGCAACUCAAGGCUGCCGCGUACACGUACCAGCCACAUUACAAUGGCGCAGAACUACCAAGCUGGCAGACAGUCAUAUUUGGCUUCAUCUCGGGCGCGGCUGGUCCACUGACAAACGCUCCGAUCGAUACUAUCAAGACGCGCAUCCAGAAGGCUCACAGGGUGCAGGGCGAGACUGCGCUAUCAAGGCUGUUAGGAGUCGCUGGCGAUAUGUGGAAACAGGAGGGAAUUGCGUCCUUCUAUAAGGGUAUCGCACCGCGUAUUCUCCGUGUCGCACCUGGACAAGCCGUUGUGUUCGCUGUCUUCGAGAAAGUGAAGCCAAUAGUGGAGAAGGUGAAGGGGGAAUAUCUCUACGAGCCAUCUGACAACUGA